AAGAGUAAUGGAUAUCUGAUGGUUUCAAGCAAUGGAGGACUGAACCAAAUGCGAGCCGGAAUUUGUGACAUGGUUGCUAUUGCAAGCUACAUAAAUGUCACACUAAUAGUUCCUGAACUUGACAAAACCUCCUUUUGGAAUGAUUACAGUGAGUUCAAGGAUAUAUUCGACGUGGAUUAUUUCAUCACGUCCUUAAGAGACAAGGUUAAGAUACAGAGAGAGCUGCCUCCAAAUCUGAAGAAAAUAGUGGAGAUGGGCACAUUUUACUCCUAUUAUAGUGUUAGCUGGUCUAACAUGUCCUAUUAUAGUAACACGGUGAAGAAGGAAACAUUACUUAAACCCUCAGAGCUAUUGCCCUUCCAGAACCAUUCAUCUCAAAUGGCAGCAUUGGAUUAUAUUGUUUCGGUUGAGAGUGAUAUAUUUGUCGCAACAUAUGGAGGCAACAUGGCAAAAGUUGUUGAAGGCCAUAGAAGGUUCCUGGGAUUCAAGAAAACAUUGGAUCCAAACAGAAAGAUUGUGGUGAAUCUGACAGACAAGUACAACAAAGGAAAAUUAAAGUGGGAAAAGUUUUCAGCUGUGAUGAAGGAAGCUCAUGCAAACAGGUGGGGGAAGCCGGCGGAUAGAGUUGUGAUUCCUGGAAAACCAAAGGAUGAGGACUACUUCUGUGAGUUCAAGGAUAUAUUCGACGUGGAUUACUUCAUCACGUCCUUAAGAGACAAGGUUAAGAUACAGAGAGAGCUGCCUCCAAAUCUGAAGAAAAUAGUGGAGAUGGGCACAUUUUACUCCAUGCCACCAAUUAGCUGGUCUAACAUGUCCUAUUAUAGUAACACGGAAUUGGUAGAUCUGCAACAAAUAUGUAUACAUCUCUUUAAUAUUAAUAUUAACAGGUAUGCUUAUCCAUGGUGGAAAGACAAGGUUAUAAACUCUACGAAGAAAAGAAAAGCAGGGCUGUGCCCUAUGACUCCGGAGGAAGCGGCUUUGACAUUGCGAGCACUGGACAUUGAUCGAAACAUCCAGAUUUAUAUUGCUGCUGGAGAUAUAUAUGGAGGAAAGACAAGGUUGGCGAGUCUAGCAGCAGCUUUUCCAAAUUUGGUGAAGAAGGAAACAUUACUUAAACCCUCAGAGCUAUUUCCCUUCCAGAACCAUUCAUCUCAAAUGGCAGCAUUGGAUUAUAUUGUUUCGGUUGAGAGUGAUAUAUUUGUCGCAACAUAUGGAGGCAACAUGGCAAAAGUUGUUGAAGGCCAUAGAAGGUUCCUGGGAUUCAAGAAAACAUUAGAUCCAAACAGAAAGAUUGUGGUGAAUCUGACAGACAAGUACAACAAAGGAAAAUUAAAGUGGGAAAAGUUUUCAGCUGUGAUGAAGGAAGCUCAUGCAAACAGGUGGGGGAAGCCGGCGGAUAGAGUUGUGAUUCCUGGAAAACCAAAGGAUGAGGACUACUUCUGGUCCAACCCACAAGAAUGCUUAGCUCCACCUUCACCCUCACCCUCCACUUAAAA